AUCAAAAACAUUUCUGGGACUCAUUACUCCGGAGAAAAGGUGCCAGACUUGGGGGACACACGGACGGCCCUGACUGAACAGUGGAAACUGUGUCUACAGGAUGCUACAGCUGAGCCUGUCAUGGCUGGGACUGGGGCCCGUGGCUGUCUCCCCAUGGCAGCUUCUGCUGCUGGUUGGGACCUCCUUGUUUCUGGCUCGAGUUCUGAGCUGGAUCUGUGCCUUAUAUGACAACUACUGCCGACUCCGCUGCUUCCCUCAGCUUCCUUUCCGGCACUGGUUUUGGGGUCACAUGAGCAUGGUCAAAAACGACGAGGAAGACCUGCAGUUGUUGACUGAAAUGAGCCACCAAUUCCAUGAUGUCCACCUCUGUUGGAUUGGGGCCUUCUACCCCAUCCUGAGGUUCAUCCACCCCAAGUUUAUUGGCCCCAUACUCCAGGCCCCAGCUGCGGUGGCCCCCAAAGAAAUGAUUUUCUACGGCUUCCUGAAGCCCUGGCUGGGGGAUGGGCUCCUGGUGAGUUCUGGUGAGAAGUGGAGUCACCACCGUCGCCUGCUCACACCCGCCUUCCACUUUGACAUCCUGAAGCCCUAUGUGAAGAUUUUUAACAAGAGUGUGAACACCAUGCAUGCCAAGUGGCAGCGUCUGACCACCAAGGGCACUGCCCGUCUAGACAUGUUUGAACACAUCAGCCUGAUGACCUUGGACAGUCUGCAGAAAUGUGUCUUCAGCUUUGACAGCAACUGUCAGGAGUCUCCCAGUGAAUACAUUGCUGCUAUCCAGGAGCUCAGCUCCCUCAUAGUAAAACGACACAGCCAGCCCUUCCUGUACGUGGACUUCCUGUACUACCUCACUGCUGACGGGCGGCGCUUCCGCAAGGCUUGCGACCUGGUGCACAACUUCACAGAUGCUGUCAUCAGAGAGAGACGUCGCACCCUCUCCAGCCAAAGCAUUGAUGAGUUCCUGAAGUCCAAGACUAAGUCUAAGACUUUGGACUUCAUCGACGUGCUCUUGCUGGCCAAGGAUGAACAUGGAAAGGAGCUGUCGGAUAAGGACAUCCGAGCAGAGGCUGACACCUUCAUGUUUGGAGGCCAUGACACCGCGGCCAGUGCACUAUCCUGGAUCCUGUACAACCUGGCGAGGCACCCAGAAUACCAGGAGCGCUGCCGGCAGGAGGUGCAGGAGCUCCUGAGGGACCGUGAGCCUGAGGAGAUUGAGUGGAACGACCUGGCCCAGCUGCCCUUCCUGACCAUGUGCAUCAAGGAGAGUCUGCGGCUGCACCCCCCAGUCAUGGUCAUCUCCCGAUGCUGCACCCAGGACAUUGUGCUCCCAGAUGGCCGGGUCAUCCCUAAAGGAAACGACUGUGUUAUCAGCAUCUUUGGUGUUCAUCACAACCCUUCAGUCUGGCCAGACCCUGAGGUCUAUGACCCCUUCCGCUUCGACCCAGAAAACCCACAGAAGAGGUCUCCUCUGGCUUUUAUUCCCUUUUCUGCUGGGCCCAGGAACUGCAUAGGACAGACUUUUGCCAUGAGCGAGAUUAAGGUGGCGCUGGCGCUGACACUGCUGCGCUUCCGCGUCCUGCCAGACGACAAGGAGCCGCGCCGGAAGCCGGAGCUGAUCCUGCGCGCCGAGGGCGGGCUGUGGCUGCGGGUGGAGCCACUGAGAGCCAGCUCUCAGUGAUCUAACCUACUUCUGUCCCAGUCAUUUUCCUCUGUGGAGCCCAGAAUAAGGGAAGUCACACCGAGAGCCAGCAGGGGGCGCUGCAGGAAACAGAGACUCUGGUAGCCUGGCUGAAAAGAGUCUGAGUCCAAGAGCCUUUCUGGGUGACCCACAAGGCCUGCAGACUGAUGAGAGCUGCACCAAGCUCAAGAAUGGCCUUUAUUCCUUCGGCAUUAGGGAGGCACUGCCCAUGUUUAAGCAGGAAGAUACAAGCUUUCCUGGCAGAUUUGAGGCAGUUUUCUUUUGUUUUGAGAAAGGGUCUCAGCUUUUGGUGGAUAUAGCAGGCUGGCCUUUAACUUGCAGCAAAUCUCUGGCCUAACCACUUGGGUGGUGCAAUUAGAAAGUGGCCACGGUGCCUGUCAUAUCUGAAGGGAUGUUUAUUAGACAUGAAGAGCAGUUCCCCACGAGAGAAGCCUCGGGGCCCUUCAAAACGAUGUUAAAUGGUGUCCAAGGCUUGCAAUGUCUGACACUGAGGCAUUAAACUUAAAAUGACGUCACA